UCUCAAUAUGUGCGUAGAAAUCUCAAACCAACAAUUCAACAAAAUGGAAAUCAAAAACACCAAGAAAGUUUCAUACAGCCUUAAGAAGCUGUUGAAACAACUCUUCAAACAUCAGAAAUCCUCCAAACUCAUCACCUUGCAAAACUUGGCCAACUCCAAGAAAGCUGAAUCCUUGGAAUCUCUUGAAUCUUUGGAAAAUACACACAAUGCCAACAUUGAAGUCGAAGAAUGUGCCUCUUUGGAAUCAUUCGAAAAUGACAUCAAUGAACGUCUCUCAGCUAAAGCCGCCUCCUGUGAAGUAGAAGACUUUGACUUCAGCGAAAUCAACGCCACCGUUCCUGUACACUUUGUGCGCACCGAACAUGGCACCUUCUUCUGGACUGCCACCUCAGACAUUGCUGCCGAUAACGAUUUGGUUGAACCCUUAUGCUGUUCCACCUACAAUCAACUAGCUGUCAUGCAAGAUCGUUGGGCUCAAGCUUAAAUCAUCAAACUCAUCAGCCACGAUCAAAAUACCUGCAUUAGCUUUAACCACAUGUCUUCCAACAAAACAAAAAAAACUCACCAGCGCAGUUCCAGCUUCUUUAACUAUGAAGUUUACCAUCUGUGUAACCUCAUCAUUGUCUUCCUGUUUCUGUUAAUUUUCUUAAAACAAUGAAAAUUUAACUAGAAAAACGCUUUAGUAUUAAUAGCUUUAUAAAAAUUGUGAUAUUUUUUAAUUAGUUCUUAAAAAAAAUCGUAUUUAUUAACAAAAAUAU